UUAUUGUCACGAUCCUGGGCAAAAUGUCAAACGAAGCCAAUGAUCUUACGCUCGAUGGCAACAUCUUCAUCAGAUUCGGAUUCCUAUCAAUAUUUGCAACGUUCCAAGCUGCCAACCAUGUAUUUUCAAAAAUCCCUGCCACGUCUUCCCAUUCCAUUGGUCGAAAAGACUUGUGAACGUUUCUUAGCCGCCAUUCAACCCAUAACAACAGAUGAGGAGUUUGCCCACACGCAACAAGUUGUUGGUGAAUUUAAAUCGAAUGAAGCUGCCGAGUUGAAUGCUAUGUUGAAAUUAAAGGAUGAGGCAAACAAACAUACAAGUUAUAUAUCGGAACCAUGGUUUGAUAUGUAUCUAAAAGACCGUGCACCACUACCACUCAACUACAAUCCACUGUUGGCUAUGAAAAACGAUACUCGACCCGAAUAUCAACAUCAGCUGGUGAAGGCGGCCAACAUCAUUAUAACAUCUUUGCGUUUUUGGCGUUCACUGCAAGCCGGCUGCCUGGAACCUGAAGUUUUUCAUAUGAAUCCUAAGAAAAGUGAUACUGAAAGUUAUCGUCGUUGGAUGCGUCUUACGCCACAAAUUGUAGCAAUCUAUGCAUCAUAUGCAUUCAAAGCAUUCCCCUUGGAUAUGGUACAAUAUGAACGUCUGUUUGGUACAUCACGUAUACCGGGCGAGGAACGAGAUCAUUUGGUACAAUCCCCAAAUUCUAAACACAUCAUGAUUAUGCGUCGUGGUAAUAUUUAUGCUGUAGAUGUUUUAAAUGAAAAUGGUUUGAUUGAAAGGCCACAAGAGAUUUUGGCUCGUUUAAAUGCUGUUGUAAAGAUGGAUGAAACUAAAGCUGCGGCAGAAGUUCCUAUUGGUGUUUUAACCGCUGGGCAACGUAACGAAUGGGCUCGUGUACGCGAGUAUAUGAUUAAGAGUGCGGUAAAUAAUGAGUUGUUGACUCAGCAAAUUGAUAAUGCUUUGUUCUGCAUUUGUUUGGAUACUGAAGAGGAUGCGGUUUAUAGUGAAAGCAAUCCAAUUCCAGCUUUUAAGAAUUUGUUGGCCGGUAAGGGCACAAAUAGAUGGUUUGAUAAAUCCCUUUCAAUGCUGUUGACUGCCGAUGGUACAGCGGCCAUUAAUUUCGAACACACUUGGGGUGAUGGCGUGGCGGUUCUGCGUUACUUCAAUGAAGUCUAUAAGGAAACGUUGAAUAAACCUUUCCUAAGCACUGAAGAUUUAAAGACGGUUUCCCAGAUUUCAGUUGACAAUGCCAAGGUGCGUUAUCUUAACUUCGAAAUCGAUGAUAAACUCAAGGAGGAAGUUCGCAAAGCCUAUGAACAGAAUCAAAAGAAUGUAACUGCUUUGAAUAUGCAAAUGUUGAUUUAUCCCAAAUUAAGUAAACAGGCUUGUAAAACUGAUCGUUUAAGUCCGGAUUCCAUUAUGCAGUUAUCUUUCCAAUUGGCCUAUAAACAGGCAUUCGGCAAAUAUGUUGGCACAUAUGAGUCGUGUAGUACCGCUGCAUUUAGACAUGGGCGCACUGAAACCAUGAGACCCUGCACCAUGGCCACCAAAGAAUUUUGUGAUAGUGUUUUGUCAUCGCAACGAGAUUUUGAUGCCAAAAAACUGAGGUCACUUAUCGAUAAAUGUUCCACCUAUCACAGUCAAUUGACCAAAGAUGCUGCCAUGGGCCAGGGAUUUGAUCGUCAUUUGUUUGCCCUAAAACACACUGCCGUCAUAAACAAUGAACCCAUACCUAAACUCUAUGAUUUGGAGGCCUAUAAACGUAUUAAUUAUAAUAUUAUAAGUACCUCUACACUUUCAUCGGAUGGUUUGUUAUCCGGUUCAUUUGGUCCCGUUGUACGUGAUGGUCUGGGCAUAGGCUAUUCCAUACAAAACGAAAUGUGCGGUGUGGUGGUAACAUCCUACGAGAACGGUUGCAAUGGCCAAGAGUUCAUAUCGAGUUUAGAACAAUCAUUUAACACAAUACGACGUGUCAUUGAUGAAAGCAAAUAAGAAUU